AGAUGCAGCAGAUGCAGCAGCAUCCCGCAGCUGUCGGGGAAGAAGAAGAAGUGCUGUUGACAAGCGUGAAUCCUUGUGGCUAACCCGAGCUAGCAGAGCAACAAAACUCAGUGGCGAAGAUCCUGUAGCUGAACAUUUGAACGUUUUGUUUGUGGGUGUAUUUUCAAAAAUGAUCCUCACCGUGAAACCGCUACAGGGGAAAGAAUGCAGUGUACAGGUGACUGAGGAUGAAAAGGUAUCUAAAGUGAAGGAACUUGUGUCUGAACGUCUCAACAUACCAGCAAACCAGCAACGAUUGCUUUAUAAAGGGAAGGCGCUUGCAGACGAACACAGAUUGAGUGAUUACUCCAUUGGGCCUGAGGCUAAAUUGAAUCUGGUAAUCCGUCCCGUGGGAGAGAGGACUGGAGUGCUGGGGAUGGCUGCCAGCAGCAGCAGCAGUGGCACUCAGGGAAGAGUGUGGCAGACUGUGUCCACUAUUCUUGCUCGGCAUUUUAGUCCGGCAGAUGCAGCUAAAGUUCAUGAACAGCUUAUUAAGGACUACGAACGAUCACUACGACAACUUAGUCUCGAUGACAUUGAGCGCUUGGCAGGAAGGCUGCUUCACCCAGACGGCGAGGGAAUGGACACCUCAUACAUGGACUAAGAAUUAUUUAUUGUAAUUGUCUUUUGAGCGUUGCUCAGUGCUUUGAGGUGCAUACAGUGCUUAGAGCAUAAGAGCAUAAGGCUUGGAAAAAUACACUGAGUUUUCUUGCAGAGGGCUCCAGCUGAUGUGCCUGAUCAGUUGCUUAGUGAACAAAGAUAGCACUGACUGUUGAUCAUCUCAGCAUUAGGGCUUUCUUAUCCAUGACCAACGGACUUGGAUAAAGAGAUUUGGCCAUUUUUAAUUGGUCCCCGUCACUGAUGUAGCAGCAGUUGACUCAAGAUCCGACCAACAUAGGAGUCCACUUGUACUGUUGGUUUUCCAGGAUCUGUGGCUGCCACAACUCCUGGAUGACACUAACUUGUACUGAGAAGUCUUUGUUAGUAUAAUGACUGGGUGUUUUCAGUUAAUCAUGUGUGAGAAGGAAAUACAUGUUUUAAUCUUUAACUAACUGAUUUUCAUUGUAUGAUUUGUAAAUACCAUCUUUAUAUAUACAAACAUUAAAACACAGUAAAAAAAAAAGAAAGACAAGUGUUAAUUGUUCUUGUGUUUGUGUGCUGCUAUUAAACGUGAACAAUGUAAUGGAUGGAUAUAUUUACUAAUAAAGUGAUAAAAAA